AUGGAAAUGAACAGCUCUGGAGAAGACUUCAUCCUUCUGGGGUUUUCCAGUCGACCCCAGCUGGAGCACAUCAUCUCUGUCGUUGUCUUCAUCUUCUAUAUCGUGACUCUGGUAGGAAACACGACUAUCAUUCUAGUGUCCUAUCUGGACUCGCAGCUCCACACUCCCAUGUAUUUCUUCUUAUCUAAUUUGUCCUUUGUGGACCUCUGUUAUACGACGAGCAUUGUCCCACAGAUGCUGGUAAAUCUAUGGGGGUCAAAGAAGUCUAUCACAUAUGGAGGGUGUGCCCUCCAGUUCUUCUUCGCCCUGGACCUGGGAGCCACAGAAUGUCUCCUCUUGGCUGUGAUGGCCUAUGACCGCUAUGCUGCUGUUUGUCAACCUCUUCACUACAUGGUUAUAAUGCACCCUGUUCUUUGCCAGAAGAUGGUGUUGUCGGCCUGGCUGGGUGGUCUCGGCAGUGCCUUAAUUCUUUGCUCCUUGACUUUGAAGUUGCCAAGGUGUGGGCACCGGGAAGUGGAUAACUUUUUCUGUGAAAUGCCAGCAUUGAUCAAGAUGGCUUGUGUCUAUUCCAGAGUAAUUGAGGUUGUUGUGUUUACCCUUGGAGUUAUAUUUCUUCUAGUACCUCUAUCACUAAUUCUCAUCUCCUAUGGAGUCAUUACUCAGGCUGUGAUGAAGAUCAAGGCAGCAGCAAGGUGGAAAAAGGUUCUGAAUACAUGUGGUUCCCACCUCACAGUAGUAACCCUGUUUUAUGGAACACUCAUUUAUAUGUACAUGAAGCCACAGAAUACCAUAUCCCAUGAGGAAGGACAGUUUUUUACUCUUUUUUACACCAUUGUCACCCCCAGUCUUAACCCUUUGAUCUACACCUUAAGAAACAAAGAUGUAAAAAGUGCAGUGAAGCGAAUUCUAGGAACAGACAAGCAUUCUGCCAAAAUGUGA